AUGGGGUCUUCUAGACAUCUCUCAAAAUUGGCCAUUCGCACAGCUUCAACAGCUGCCGCCCCUACGACCAAGGCUGCUGGCGAUAUCUCAUCGGUGUUUCCUAGUCUACAACCAGGCUACCAACCGGAGCCUCUUCCGUCUCGAUUCAAAGAUCUGAAGCAAAGACUAUUUGAAAAGAAUGAGAACGCUCUGAGAGAAAGUUGGAAGAGACUUCUCCCGAGUUUAGAGGAGGAAGCGAAGAAAAUCAAGUCCAAAGGAAGUGAAAUCAUUCCAUCUGUGCAAUAUUCUGAUAUUGUGUCCGGCAAAGUCCCCGAGGCGACUCUGAAAGAAAUCCGCCAUCGAGGCAGCGUAGUCAUUCGAAAUGUGAUACCUCGGAAUACGGCCCUUGAUUACAAACAAAGAAUCCGUGACUAUGUCACUGCAAAUCAAGAGCGCGUCAAAGCCUUCCCACCGGAUUCGCCGGCUGUUUAUGAAUUGUACUGGACUCCAUCACAGGCGGAAGCUCGAGCGGAUUCCAAUGUGCUCGAAGCACAGCGAUUCUUACAGCGACUAUGGCACUCAUCGGACCCAGACACAAAAGUCUCGACAUCCAACCCACUCACGUACGCAGACCGACUGCGAAUCCGAAAUCCGGGAGAUGCCAAGUUUACUCUGGGGCCCCAUAUAGAUGGCGGAUCUCUUGAGCGCUGGGAAGAUCCUGAGUAUGCCAGUGUAUACAGUAAGAUUCUCGAGGGUGACUGGGAACGGUAUGACCCAUGGGAUGCCAAGCAUCGUCUGUCGGCAAAGAUGGAUCUAUACAAUGGCGCCGGCGCCUGUUCAAUGCUACGAUUCUUCCAAGGAUGGCUCUCCAUGUCCGACACUGCACCCGGCGAGGGCUCUCUACACGUCUGCCCCAUGGUCGUACAUAGCACGGCCUAUACCAUUCUGCGCCCAUUCUUUGAUGUGCAAAGCCAAGAGCCUAACUUGGAUGCUACUUUCCCCGGGUCUGUGCCAGGAGCCUGUCAAGAGUAUAAUCCGGUGACACACCCGCACCUUCAGCUUGAGACAACAAUGGUACCGGUCCCUCGGGUUGAACCAGGUGACUUUGUCGCCUGGCACUGUGACUCGCUGCAUUCAGUAGACAAGGAGCACCGAGGCACAGGAGACUCGAGUGUCAUGUACAUUCCGGCCACCCCUUUGUGCGAUAUGAAUGUCGAGUACCUCCUUAAGCAACGUCAGGCAGCUCUUACCUAUUCCCCGCCGUGGGACUUUCCCGGUGCUGGUGGCGAUGGCGAAAGAGGAUUUCAUGGUGCAUUGGACUGGUCUACCUUAAAUCCUGAGGGACAAAGGGCGAUGGGUCUCGGCAUUACCCCUUGGAAGGUGGCGGAGGCGAUGACGGAAGGCGAGAGACAGGCCGUGAGAUCAGCCAACGAGAUGUGUUUCAGAGCAUAA